CUUCUUCCUCUGAGCAAAAAUAGAGCAAGGAACAGAGUUGAUCUACUCAAUUCCAAUGAUUUGGUGUUCGACUUACAUUAUCAUUUAAAGAAAAUGAGCGGAGCGGAUACUCUAGAAGAUAGACGGGUGGAGGAUCUUGCUCACCAAGUCACAGAAACUUCAGAUAAAAAUGUUCCAAUUUUGCUUCUUGCAAUCCAAGACAUUUUGGACAGUGUCAUCCCCAGUUCUCAGAGAGCUUCCAAAGUCAAGAAAGACAUCUGGAACUUUGACCUUCUGCAGAGUGUCCUUCUUGCGCUGAGGCAAGACUUUUCUCUCAUCCAGGGAAAGUGGAACACGGCUGCAUCCCUGGCCAAGAUCCUAGCGCAUUGCGCAGUUGGCCUGGAACCCACGGACACCUACGAGUACAAUGCCAUCUUCCUCCCGGAGGCAUCGGAACGUCUUCUCAUCUUAGCCCGCAACAUCCAGUUCCGCUACAUGAAGAUCCCGGAGAAGACGCUGACCUUGAAAGACGACUUAAUCAAAGACUUCAAGGAGGUCAUCGAGGCCUUACAGUGGCUCAUCAGUGGCCAUGUUUUCCUCACUAUGCACGUGCUGAGAUCCAAUUACCUGCUUCAGAUGUUGAUCACAGAUGACAAGGAGACUGCCAUCGUCAUUCUUGGAUUGUUUCAGAACGCGGUCCGAGUCAACCCAAUGGUCCUACAGACACUAGAUGAGAAGGUGGUCCACAGUCUACUGGAUGAGGUCAUCUACAAGCUGUCAGCGUUUAAUGAUGCAGAGGUCGGUGCGGCAGCUACCAGGGCUCUGGUCAACAUUGCCGAUGUCCACCAACAGCUCAUCAGACUGCUCUACACACGAUACAAAGGACUGAGGCCACUUUUGAGCCGGUGGACUGGUAAGGGCUUCGGCCGAGACUUGAAGAAGCUUCUGGGAUUACUGGAUGCGGGGUCAACCCAGCAGGCAGAGAUGCAGAGACUACAUCGAGCAGCCAAGACCAUCCAGGCAGUAUGGAAAGGAUUCCAGACUCGAAGGCAAUUGAAGAAAGCCAACAAAGCAUUCACCAGACUACAGAAGAGCUUCAGAGAGAAGCAAGUACAGCGUGACUUGCAUGCCGAGAAGGAACGAGAAAGGAGGGAGCUGCAGCAUCAGCUGCUGGUGUCGAGGAGGCAAGCUAUCCGACAGACCAGACAGAAACAGCUGGAUAUGAUCACUGCUAUGGCACCAGGGAAAGUGGAUGCGUAUUUGCAGAUGUCUCAGAUUGCAGCAGCCGUCAAGUUACAAGCUCGCUGGAGGGGGAUCAUUGAGAGACGUAAGCUGGGUCUACGUCAGGCCACGGCCAAGCAAGUCAGGGCAGCCAUCACCAUUCAGAGAGUUGUUCGUAGAUUCCUGAAGAGACUGGAAGAGAAGAAAAGGGAACCGUUGUUAUUCCGGCCUCCCCCUGGCCUGACGGACGAGAGGAGAGUUGACCUGCAGAGAACUAUUGAUCAACAUAGAGAGGCACACCCGCCCAAGCAGCUGAGCCGACAGCUGCAGCAGGAGCUACACGACGAAGCCCAGGAGAUGUUGGGACGCUACCUCAGCGUCCGCAUGGCUCACCGUAAGAACUACCAGAGGAGGGAGGCACUCCUGGCAUCGCUGGAGACAGAUGCUGAUCUGCUCAGCGAUGCUCCCAAGCUGUGUGACCUGACGGAUCGCGACAUGCACAAGUUCACCAGUCACUCGGCCCCGAUCGCCGCCAAAGCUUUGGCCAAUCACAAGGAGCAGAUGUUGAUGCUGCGUCAGCCGUGGUGGAAGAAACUGAAUGCCGGAGAGAGAACCGAUGAAGAAGCUGAGCAAGACUAUGACUCCAACAUCUUAUGAUGAUGACAAUGAGUAAACAAACAAAUUCUGGGGCCAAAUUUUAUGGACUCCAUUUCUGUUUGUUCCACUUACUGCCUUCAGCCAAGUGCCUUGAUGAAACCUAAACUCAAAAUCAGGGAGUACUGAAAUAUAACUGAGCGUUAACCCCUUAAGGACGGGAAGCGGUCAUGGCCACGGCCGCUAAUCCUCAUUGGAAUGCAGUUGCCAGCUGUGGUA